AUGACCUUAGCAGGUUCUGAAUUAACUGCGCAGGCGAUCCCAGAAAUGCCUUCACCGUCUAAUCAGCCAAUGGGACGUGACUACGUUUUGAAUCCACCAUCCGCCGGUACGCACAGACCAUCGCCAACCAAAGCACCUCGCAGAUCAAGUCCUUCGAUCGCUAGGCAGGGGAAGUUGGGAUUUGUUUCGAUCACUGCUCCUGCUCCCUCGUCUUUCCCUACAGACUCCCCGACCAAAAAGUCACCCUUUCAAAAAUUCGCGCAAUCAGCUGCCGCCACCCCCCAAAUGCUGCAAUCAGCGUUGUUCACGACAUUUUCCAGCGUCAACCCAGAGAAACAGUCUAGACAAGAGCAUCAAUCCGGUGAUGAACUGACCAGUGAUAAUUUUGCUGACUUCCCCGAGCCGCCCUUCGCUUCCAAGCCGCCCUUGAAGAGGGCACUGUUAGAAGCAGCACCGUUGAAGGAGCGGUCAGUUAAGAAACAGAAACGCGAUGAUCUCAUAUCCAUUCGUCUACCAGAGCCUCACGAAAUGCCUCAAAUUGAAGAUGAUGGCACAAAGCCCCCUUAUAGUUAUGCUACAUUGAUUGGAAUGUCAAUCUUACGCGCUCCAAAUCGACGCCUGACACUUGCGCAGAUUUACAAAUGGAUUUCAGAUACAUUUUCGUACUACAAAAAUAGCGACCCUGGAUGGCAGAAUAGCAUUCGUCACAAUCUUAGUCUUAAUAAGGCAUUCAUAAAACAAGAAAGACCUAAGGAUGACCCAGGGAAGGGGAAUUACUGGGCUAUUGAGGCUGGAAUGGAGGCACAGUUCCUUAAGGACAAGCCGCUGCGGCGUUCAACCAUGUCAAGUCUUUCUCUUCCAGCUCUUGAAAAAGAGUCUGCUCACUCCCAGAGGCAAAAUUCUUCUACAAUUUCUUGGGCAGCACCCCCAUCUUACCAUCCAACAGCGCCGAGAUCCUCUAAAAACGUGGACUUAUCAUCUGACGCAACGCUGCCCGCCUCAGAUCCCGCCCUUCAGGAAGAUGCAGUUGAUGAAUGCGUCAACGUUUCUGUGCCCCAUGCUCUUCCGCCGCGCUCUUCUCCUCCUCAGCCAAUACACUCCUCUCCUCCUGUUGCACCACCUCGCUUUACCCGUCGGGGAACACCUCCUACGCCAUCGCAGACUGCUGUUUCCUCUGGAGUUGUUUCUCGCUCUAAGAAAAGAAAGUCAACUGCUAUGAAUGAUAGCGGAUAUUUUUCAUCCCUAGAGUCUUCAGCUAUGCGUCCAAACAAAGCCGGGCAUAUCUUAACCUCAGACUUGGACAUUGAACCCCCCCGCAUUAAGCGUGGUCGCGCUGAGGAAGAAAUAGCUCGAAUUCGAAGCUCCUCCCAUGACAUAAGCCCAACCCAAUCGGGUGCUUUGAAGGAUGGAGGUUUGAUCGUUGGUUCUUCUCCACUGCGCGGUGAAUAUGUGAGCAUGCUUCCACCUCCUAUCACGCCCGUUAUCAAAUUCAAGAAGCCAGCGAAGCCGCCACCGUCAGUAUCUCCGAAUACAAAUCUUCGCAAUCACCGCAAAAGAAUCCAGCAGAUGGUCAAUUCUCCGAUCAAGCAUAUGGGCCUUACAGAUGAGGAUCUUCCAUGGAGUCCGGCCUUCAACAUACAAGACGAAACAUUCACGCCAAACGAUCAUCUUCAUGCUAGCUUUGAUGUGUUUGCAGAUCAUUCCGCGGAGAGCAUUUCCAUUCCGGCUUACGGUUCGCCUGAAAAGCGUACUGCUAAACGUUCUCGAAAUGAUGAUAAUGAACUAAGCGGCAAUGUUCUGGCGGAUAUCACAGCCAUGAGUGUGAAUAGCCGGGCUGGUAUGCAACCCAUGCCAAUAAACAAGACAAAAGGGUUGCUUUUCCCUGAGUCCCCAUCCAAAGUACCCGAAUCCGGACGCUUCCUUGAUGCAGCCAAUGACGACUUCUUCUCUUUCCAUUUAUUCGAUGAAAGCUCAGGAGAGGUCGAUGGUGUUGAUCUUUUGCAAGGGUUUCAAAAAAUUGGAGGUGUAAGCAAGGAAGAGCCAUCAAAGUCGAAAUCGAGACCGCAAAUUAGUCAUCGAAGUAAUCCUUCGCUAUUUUAA